AUGUUGUAUGGCGACCGUCGAUGGGCUAAGGUGCCCUAUGAGCCUCGUCUGUCUCCUGCCCCUCCCCUGGUGUCUCCUCGUUAUUUUUCUUUGUCAGGCGGUAGUCGUUUGGGGAUUGCGGGCCCUUCUUACCGCAGUCUAUACACCCGACCCCGCCGCUAUAAGAUGGGAAACACAUACAGCAAGCACUACCAGCUGCCUACAGUAUCUUCUCUUGUUAGAGCCACGAUGCCUGAAUUCUUAAGAAAAAGGCCCAUUAAGAUCAUGCGCGAUGGAAGCUGCAGGUUCCUGCAUGCAAACGCCUCGGUACCCCUUCAAAUACAGCAGUCUACACAGCAAGAAGAUGGGGGGGCCAACGCUAUAGCUGAAACUGCAGCAGCAGUAGCAGCAGAAGCUGCAACAGCAGCGGCAACAGCAGCAGCAGAGAUAGGCACAGGGCAGAUACAUACACUUACAACAAACCAAGCACAAAGUAAUCUGCGGCCGCUUCACCCAGUGCAGCAGAUCCUGCAAGCUCAAAACACCCCAUGCAUGCAUGCAGGGUUCCAGCUAACUGCUGCUUCUCAACAGGAGGGUACUAACGCCCUAGGGGCCCCUGCUCCGGGACUGCCUUAUCUCCCCGCCUUCGCAACUACCCCUUCGUACCCUGUAUACUCCCCGGGGGGCAACGACCAGGCGGGGGCCCCUCCUCCUUGCUUUUCUCCAUACAUAGGGGCCACCUUUGCAGUCACGCCGUGGGUUGUGCCCUUUUGCUGGCCGUCAGGGCCCCCUGCAGCAGCAGCAGGGGCCCCUGAUGCUUCUUCUCCGCCCCCAUCCGCUCACAAAGGCGCCGCUGAGGGGACACCAGGGGUUCGGUCGAACGCACCUGAAGGGGCCCCCUACGGCUGGUGGGGGCCCCCUGGCUGCAGCAACACAGCGGCGGGGUUCGUACCGCCGCCGGUGUCUUGGCAUUCGCCUUAUGCUGCAGUGCAACAGCAGAUGCCUGGGGGCCCCUAUGCGGGGCCCCUUCAUUCAAGAGGCCUCUCCUCCGCAGAGGCGUCCAACCAGGAAAAGGCAAAGAAGCAGAAUGCAACGGGGCUUGAGGGAACCCCCUUGGCUACCCGAGGUACUGGCACCCAGCAGCAUUCUGCAGGAGAAGGGCCUCCAGCGGCGACAGCCUCUGCGGCAGACCACGCAGGGGACCCAGCAGCAGCUGGUCGAGCAGCAGGGGCCCCCGAUGCAAAAGGGAACAGGGGCCCCCCAGGCACGACAGACCCAGGUGCAAGCCCAGGGGCUAAGGGAGAGGAGGAUGGUCAUUCGGCAGCUGAUGCGAAAGCGUUGUGGUGA